UUUGUUUAGAAUGACAUCAUUGUCAAAAUACAACUAUGAAUAUGAUUACCGACUAUCAACUAGAUCAUAAGAUUCAAAUGUAACGAAAAACGAAUGAUGAUGAAAGAAUAAAGAAGACGCCAUUCUAGUGAAGGCGAUCAAGAAGUUAACAACUCAGGUGUGGACGAACAACGCUCUUUGAAAAGGACGCUCAACAAAAGUUUAAUAAGAAAAGUUUAAUUCUUAAACCAUUUCUGAGAAAAUAAAACUUACGAAAUUAAUUAAAACUUAAGAAUAACUUGAAAAUAAAACAAACUUAAGAAAAUAAAACAAGCUUAAGGAAAUAAAACAGACUCAACCUAAAAGAAAAGCUUUGUGAAAAAACGAAAAAGACAACAUGGUACGGGAGGAAAUUAUGGCUCAGCUGCAAGAAUUGGGAAUUAGUUUCCCAGACACUGCCACCAUAUCACAGCUAAGGGAGUUGCUCCGUGAUGUCGUUGGGGCAAGCGUGCCGUCGCCUCAAGCCAGUAAGUCGACAGCGCUAGCAGAGACCCAAACGGAAGCAGAAGAAACCGACACUCAACAACUGGAAAGACCACUCGAAUCAAAAUUAAAAAUAUUGAAGUUGCAAAAGCAGAUAGCUGAGCUGGAGGAGCCAAAAUUAAAAGCUGCAGCAAAUUUUGGAGAUGUUGAAGGUGUGCUUCCCAAAUUUACAGGCGAUGACGAUUAUGCCGUUACAAAAUGGGUAAAGGAAUUUGAGCGCGUCACCAACAUAGUAGGCUGCACUGCUGCAGAAAAGUUUUUGUUCGCACGCCGCAUGAUGGCGGGUAGUGCAUGCCUAUUUAUGCGCAACUCAAACGCAAAUAACUGGGACAGUUUUAAGCAAGAUUUGUGUAAUGAGUUCAAGAAAUUAAUCGGCACAAAGGAAAUUUUUAAGAGAUUAGAAAAUCGUGUGUGGAAUAAAAAUUUGGAAAAACUACACAGCUAUGUGUUAAUAAUGCAACAAAUUGCUGAUGACGCCCCAAUAAGUGAAGCGGAGUUGGUCGAAUGUAUCCUUGAGGGGCUAAGGGACAAAACAUCCGCUAUUUCUAUCUUUUACCCUGCGAAGACUGUGGCCGAGCUAAAAAAUUUAAUUCCCAGGUAUGAAAAAAUAUUGGAUGGCAGGAAAAUUAAUAAAACCACAAGCGAGAACCAAACGACAACUUUGACCACGGUGCGCUGUUAUAACUGUUCGGAGUAUGGCCACUAUGCAUCAAGUUGCACGAGAGAAAAGCGGCAACACGGGUCCUGUUUCAAAUGUGGAAAGUUCGGGCAUCUAAGGACACAAUGCCCCCUGAGAGCAGUUGCUGCCGUUCCGGAUCAAGCUGUUAACUGGAAUUUAAAGUCCGUGUAGCUUUGUUAAGAGAGCGGUUAUUCAAUCGUUGUGGCCGAACGUGAGAAUUGCUGAGGGAAGAAUUUCUGAAUAUAAAGGGCUGGACGGGACGAAUUUGAAGACUUUUGGCAGAAUGCCUGUUUAUA